CUUUGAUCUCAAAGCUCAAAACUUUAUAAACCCUAAACCCACUAGUCCAAAACCCACCUCAAUUCUCUACCAAAGCUAAUGGCUUUAGCAAUUUCCCAUGCUCUUCUCUGCCCCAAACUGCAGUUUCCCCAAAGAAACUUCCGCCCUAAAGCUCCACCCCUGAGUUUCUCACCUCCCAAUUUCAGAGCAAUUCCGCAGAAUAGAAGGAUAGUGUUGGCCGCUGCGUCUGCAGCUGGAAGUUCUAAUUCGGACAGUGGUUUAAAUCCGUAUGAGAUUCUCGGUGUGAACCCGAUUGAGGGGUUUGACAAGGUCAAGGAAACAUAUAAGAGAAAACACAAGGAGGCCAUGAGCAACGGUGACGAAGAAUCUGCUGCUACAGUUUGAGCCCUCUAAUUUGAUUGGUGAAGUGGAUUAUGCAAAGAGAAAUACAUACAAGAAGAUUAUCAACGCUAAAAUCAAGGUGCGAUUUAUUUCUGGACAUGCUUUCGUUGCUGGUAAAAAUCCCGAAGUUGUAUCUGGACAAGCUCCUAUUGCUUCACACUAGGUAGUUGGUGGUGACUUCUAUGUUGAUUCUUGUG